AUGUCACUGACAUAUUAUUUAUUUGGACUCCUUUGCACAGCCGACCCCCGAUGCAGGGACGCCGCGCUGGAGCUCCCUCGCAAUCCAGCCAUAACCGCCUUCCGGAAGUGCGCCGAGAAAAAGCCCAUUUCUCCGGAGUGUUGCCGCAAGCUGCUGCCCUUCGCCAAGUAUAUCGACUGUACAAAUGACCCACGGUACAGAAAGGCCGCCGAAGACUAUUUGAGGGGUGUCACGACGGUGGAGGAGGUUCAGGCAUCCCACCACGUCCAAUGGUCGCACGGAGUAAAGAUAUCGUCGCGCUGCGUCAAUUAG